AUGCAUCGAGAGAGGAUUCAUGUUUGCCCUUUCUCUGUUUCUCAUAUGGUGAAUGAAGCUGACUUGCGGUUGAUUCAAUAUGUUUUUGAACAAUCAUGCAGUGAUGAGAAAAUUUUCUCUUCACCACGUUUACAUUUGACACAAUCUGACUUUAUUACUCUUAGACCGGAGGCCGAUUUGAAUUCGUGGGUAAUAGAUAUUUUUGUCUAUAUCUUGACGGAGACUGAAAGGAAGAAAAGUAAACCUUUGAAUUUGUACCUUCCAGUGAUGUUUUCGAAUGAAGCGCUCAAAAGUGACGUAAGUUCCUUCCUUAACUUUGUUGAGCGGCAUAAUAUGAGAGAAAACUACAUGUUUCACUUAAACUAUUGUGAGAAGUUGCUUGCCAUGGACAAAUUCCUCGGGGUUGCCGUGUUCACAAAAUUUCUCUGGACGAUGGCAAUCAAUAUCCCAUUACAGCCUAAUGGAUAUGAUUGUGGUAUAUUUGUUAUUAAAUAUAUGCAACAAUCAGAUAAUUUUGUGAGGCAAAAUCCCUCAUUUCAGUUUGACAGUAAUAAAGAAAGAUUGGAUUUGGCUUUAGAGUUCCUCAACAGUGACUUAAACCAAGAAAAGAAAACACUAUAUGAUAAAGUAGCAAGAAGAUGCAAGCAAGGCAAAACUGCAAUUGAAAGAAAGUGGGUUGAUACAUGCAAAACAUUAUCUGAAGAUGUUGGAAGAGGGGCAUGUAUGGAAUUGGUUGCCUCUGAUAAUAGAGUCAAGAGAAAAAAUGCUAGCUUGGAAAAGGAUGUGUUAAAGGUUAUGAAUUGCCAACAAUUGAGUUAG